AUGCCUGAUCUUUAAAUCCAACCGAAUGGAAGCCCUACCUAUGAUCCUCAGGUCAUGGCAUCCCUUUUUGGCUCAUACUAUAAGAAUCUUUAUAACUGUUUGACCCCAGACCUUUACCCGCUCCUCACACAGUUUGUCUUUUGAUAAUUUUUUUGACCCCCUGUCAUUUCCGAGUCUAUCACCUUCAGACAUUGCCACCCUUAACGCUAACAUUACGCCAGAGGAAUUACUUGACACAAUUAAACAUCUUCCCUCUCGUAAAGCCCCGGGACCGGACGGAUUGCCCUACUCCUACUAUAAAUCCUUUAUUGAUAUCCUGGCCCCUCAUCUCCUCUCCUUUUAUCGAGAUCUUUUCAAGGGGGUCACAACCCAGACUGAAUUCUCCCGAGCAUAUAUCUCGGUUAUCCCCAAACCCGAUAAAGAUCACUCUAUUGUAGACAACUACCGCCCCUUUGCCCUACUUAAUUCCGAUUACAAGAUUUUCACUAAAAUCUUGGCCAACCGACUGUCCAGAAUUAUUUCCAAACUCAUACAUAGGGGCCAAGUGGGCUUUGUACCUGCCAGACAUGCUGCAGAUAACACCAGGAGAUAUAUUGAUCUGGUUGACUUGGUUAACCGAUCCUCCACCCCUGCUAUAUUAUUAAGUUUGGAUGCUCAGAAAGCUUUUGAUCGUUUAAGUUGGCCUUACAUGUUCAUGGUCUUGGAAAGAUUUGGUUUCAGGGGUCCAUUUGUAGCAGCCUUGAAGGCCCUUUAUUCUUCCCCCUUUUCGCAGGUCAGAUUAGCCUCUUUUUUUUCACUCCCCUUUCAGAUGUCAAAUGGUACACGUCAGGGUUGCCCACUCUCUCUCCUUUACUGUUCAUUCUUUGUCUGGAACCAUUAGCCAUCGCCAUCACGUCAAAUCUAGAUAUUCGCGGGAUAUGAUCCCAUACCCAUGAGUACAAAUUAUCGCUGUUUGCUGAUGACAUCCUCCUCACACUUACGAGUCCCCAUACCCUCCCUACCGAUUUUACAUAAGACCUUGAAACAAUUUGGGGCCAUAUCUGGCUACAAAGUUAACACGUCUAAAACUGAGGCACUCCCAAUACAUGUCCCACCUGUCGUUUUAUCCUCUCUUCAGGAAGCCUUUCCCUACCGGUGGUGGGCACCCACUCUUUAAAAUAUUUAGGUACUAAUCUUACUUCCUCUUACCAAUCCAUAUACGAGGCCAAUUUCCCCCCAUUAUUUAUAGCAAUUUCUCGUUCUCUGAAACACUGGGAUGCCCUGGCCAUUACUUUUCUCGGACGCAUUAAUGUACUAAAAAUGACCGUGUUACCCAAACUGUUAUACCUGUUUGCGACCCUCCCUGUUCCCGUUCCUAUGUCCAAACUUCACUCCCUCCAGAAAUCUUUCCUGCAUUUUAUUUGGCACAAAAAGCGGCACAGGAUUGCACGUUCUGUUUUGCUUUCUCCCGUUCUAGGGGGGCUUGGGGCACCGGAUAUAAUAACAUACUACUAUGCAACUCACCUUCGUUUUCUCAUGUCAUGGUCUACUCACUAUCCUCCCAACACAUGGGCUGAGAUCGAAUCUUUACAACUGUCUCCAGCUCAUCCAUGCUCCCUCCUUUGGUCGACCUCAGCAGUGGAUGUCUCUUCUUUUCGCCACCUAUUCCUUGGUCCCAUGCACUUUUCUCUGACUGUUUGGCAGAAAUGUACAGCUAAAUUUACACUGGUCUCUGAUUGCUCCCCACUGACAAAUAUCCUCUAUAACCCUAAUCUUCCAGACAAUAUGGCCAUGUCCCGGAUGUCUCUUUGGGUAGUAGCUAACCUUUUUCAAUUGCGUCACUUGGUACACCCGGUCACUCGUAAGUUAAACUCAUUCCCAGAUCUCCAGAAAAAAGCUCUUCUACCUUCUCAACACCUAUAUAUUUACCUUCAAAUCUGCCACUUCUUUUCCACCUUAUCACCCUCAUUAACCCUGGGGAAGCCUACUCCCUUCGAACGUUUAUGCAUGCAGGGUCCCCACCAAAGGGGUAUUAUUUCUAAUACUUAUAAACUUCUUUUGGAUGCCCCCUCCUUAUCCAAUGACACUCACCUUUACAUGUGUAGGUGGUCUCAAUUCGUACAAUGUGAUAUUGACCUAUUAACGUGGAAGAAAAUUUGGGAAAAUGCAUCUAGAUCUUCUGUUUGUGUGGUUUUUAAGGAAAAUAUAUACAAGAUCAUGAUGUUAUGGUACAAAACGCCUGAAGUUCUUCAUGCUUAUAAUGCUUCUCCUGCCUGCUGGUGCUGUGGUGGAGACCUGGGUUCUCUCUAUCAUAUCUUUUGGACAUGCAGCUCCUUUUUGGGAAGAUGUUCUCUCCCUGUUACAAUCACUAAUGCGUACCUCUCUCCCACUUGAUAUACUACAUUUUUUGCUAGGUCUACCAUUUCCGGGUCUACCUAAACCAUCCGGAAAACUUGCUGUUCAUGUUCUGACCGCGGCUAGGAGAAGCAUUCCUAUGUGUUGGUUGUCUUCUACUCCUCCUUCAAUGUCGAUUCUGUACAAACUUAUUGCUGAUGUUAGACAGAUGGAAUACUUGACUGCACUACAUAAUUGUUCGUUUGCUGUGUUUGAGAUGAUUUGGCUCCCAUGGGAUACCUUCAUUUCCUCUAUGCCGGCCCAAAAUGUAAGGUCCUGA